AUGUCAGGGAAUAAUUCUCAAAGUGAUAUAAAACCAACAAUUGAACAAGAUGAUUAUGAGGAUAACAACAAUAAUAAUAAUAACUUAAAUAAUAGAACAACUACAACUACAACCACAACUACAACUUCAAGUAGUAAUAAUAAUGAUGGGUCUGAACAAUCGUCAUCCUCACAACAACAGCAACAACAACAACAACAACAAAGUUCACCAUUUGAAUGUAAUAUUUGUUUUGAUGAUGUAUCAGAACCUGUUGUAACUCAGUGUGGCCAUUUAUUUUGUUGGACAUGUAUAUUUCAAUGGUUACAACAUAAUUCAAGUCAACAAUGUCCAGUAUGUAAAGCACCAAUAACUAAAGAGAAACUUAUACCAAUUUAUGGUCGUGGUGGAUCAGGUGAAGAUCCAAGAAAGAAAUCACAAUCUAUACCGCAAAGACCACCUGGUAGACCUGAACAAGCAAGACCAAGAGGUAGAGGUGACUAUAAUGGUGGAGGUAGUGGAGGUUUUAAUGAUUUUUUUAAUUCCCCUUUUGGUAGUGGAGUAAAUGGAAAUAUAGGUAAUAGUGGAGUUUCAUUCUCUGCUGGUUUUGGUUUAUUCCCUGGUUUAUUUGGUAUUCAUUUUUAUGGAAAUAAUAAUAAUAAUAAUAAUAAUAAUAAUAACAAUAGUAGUAGUAGUAAUAGUAAUAGUAGUAGCAAUAGUAGCAAUAGUAAUAGCAAUAGUAAUAAUGUUAGUAGUAGUAGUUUAUUAUUUAUUAUGAGAAAUUCAAUGACAAGCGAAGAGUCAAUAUUUGUUUCAAGAUUAAUGUUUGCAUUGGGUCUUUUACUUUUAUUCUUUGUGUUAUUUAAUUAA